UCAUCUCCUGUACCAGCCGCUGAGCGGAACCAUGAUCUGUGGUUAAGUUUCCGACUCUUGGUUCCUCAUUAUUAAUUGACUGAUAAGAUUACGGCGGAUUUAUUCCAAAGUGUCACGCAACCCGUUCACCUUCCAUUCUGAGUCGAAUGACCGCAAUGAAACUGCUCCUCUUACUCUUCGCCGUUUCAUGGAUUUUGGGAAAUCUUGAGAGUCACUCUUCAUCAGAUUUGAUCAGAACCGUUGAAGGAGAAGAUUACAACAUUACUUGUUUGCGGUCAGUUAAUGACACCGACGCAACAAACAGCUUCAAUUUCUCUUGGCACAGAUCUGGCGAAGACGAUGUUAUAUCAAACGCAAAGCUAUUAGAAAUUUUGGACAUUAAAAGGAACAGUUCGGGGAAUUACAGCUGUACUGCAACAAACAAUACCGCAAACUUGGUUAGGAAUAUCACAGUGAUUGUGUACUAUAAACCUGCAAUAAAUAGAACAGGUCUUUUGUCUCAAAUAAACUCAUCCCUUUACCAAAAUUCCUCACUUAUCUGCCGCGCAGAAGGGAAUCCGACACCGGAAAUCUCAUGGUCAAAAGACGGACGUGUGAUAUGGAAUGGAACCAUAUCUGGGAUUUUUGAUAUCUAUCCUUCUAAGGCAGAGGAGUUUGGUAACUACACUUGUGCGGCACAGAAUAAACUUGGAAAGGAUGAACUACACGUUGAAGUAAUACGAACAGCCUUUCCACCUGACCCACCAACCAUCACAAAUACAUUUUUACAACUAAUCGACCCUUCUCUCACCCUUCGAUGGACAAAACCUGAAGAAAAUGGCAGACCAAUUUUUAAAUACGUGAUCUGUCACCGGGUGUUGAACUCAAGUCAAUGGAACGAAACAGACGUUGGAAACAUCUUGAACUAUAAUUUCACACUGAACUGGGGCGUGUCCUAUGAAUUUGCUCUAAUGGCCGUAAACAACCAAGGCCGGAGUAAUAAAAGUAAACUGGAGACUUUCACCGUUGUACCUGAACCAACACCAUCGACUGCCAAACCCACAACGAUAACUACAGAACCAACACUAUCGACUGCCAAACCCACAACGACGACUUCAGGUGAGAUAUACAGGUUGUAUCCAUUAUAUGCAAGCGUAGAUGUGAGUUACUGGGGCCGAUAUGGAGACGAUCUUGUGGGGUUACUUUGA